AUGGCUCUGCGCACAUCUGCAGAGAACGCCGAAGAUGUUGCGGCUGGCUUCACCAUGUUCCGGGGCCCUGUCCCUGAAAUUUCGUCCGAGGUGACAUCGCUUAUCGCGGACUUAUACGCCAUAAGCUCAUCGCUUUCGAUCCUGGAUGACCUGGGCAAGGAUUACCGCCGUCAGCUUAAUCUCGCCCGCAUCCAACCCGAUUUGAACAUGGUGCAAGCAAGUCUGAAAUACACCCUCGAGGACAUCGUCAACUUCUUCGGUCGUCUCAGCGGCCCAGCUGUCGUACCGGAUACUUACAAGCACACAUGGCUUUCCCUCAGUCGGUUCUUUUGGGACGAAUCGAGAUUCACUCUAGCGACCCGCCUGGCCAAAUAUAAAGCAAUGCUUAGAGAGCUAAGCGAGAUGGCCAAAGAUAAACAUUACAGCUCCCCGCUCCUCGAUGGCCUCCGCAAUGGCAUGAACACCCUACUCUCCAUACAGGAUAGCCGACUCGCUUCCCAGCUUGGGCGCAUGUCAAUGGGUAGUCGAAACCCAUCGAGCAGCAGCGCCGAGACUCCCAGUCCUAUCAGUGAUCGGAAGCGACAUCCCAAUCGCCGGCAGAGGUCGUUCGACCGUCAUCGUCCCUCCCAUGCUUCUCCUACGUCGCCGCAGUCGCCGUCUUCGGGCAAUUUCUCGGACUUCCCGCCUUCUGUUCCUGAUGUCCCAACCUCGCCGCCGACUUCUACGACUAACACUACCGCUACGAAUGGCACUGGUCGCUCGACUGCGUCUGAUACUAUCAAGUACCACUGGGCCAAGGAGGUAUACGGUACUUGCGACACCCAGACUCUUCUCCCGCCUGUGGCUGAGACAUCUGACUGCCGAGGAGAAAACCAUCCCGGCGUCAAGGAAGCAAUCCGAGAAAAGGGAUUUGAAGAGCUUCUCAGGCUAUCCGUCAACGACGAUUCAGACAUGAGCGUGUCAUUUUACCUGCGAGAAAAAGACCACCGAGCCCGAAUCCUCUGCAAAGUCCCUCGCCGCGGCAGCAAACCAAGUGAAUACUUCUGUCUGCCUCUUAAUCUACUUGAGAUAUUGCGAGAACGCUCCUGUCUCCGGUUGUGUAGACGGCGGAGGUCUGGAACAGAGCUUGUGUUAUGGACUCUUCUUAAAUUCACCACGAUGGAAGACCUGGUUCUAUUCCACAACACGUUCAUUGCCCUCCGCUCCCAGGACGAAGGCCACCCUCCACGUCAAAUUCUAGAUCACGAGCUCCAAGACGAAGAUGAGAUCUUCGGAGGUAAAAUCAACGACGACGAAUACCCACAUGCACUUCGCGUCUACCAAGACUUGGAGACUGGAGCCGUCCGGCUGCAAUCAUCAAUUAUGGAAGGCGAAAUGAGCCGAACCCCCGUCUGGACAGCCUUCAUCUCCAAACACGUCGAAAAACCCAGACUAAUCCAACAAUACGAUGCAACAACCAUCCACAUACGCAAUCUCAAGCCUGUGAUCUUCAUUUCUGCGGAAGAUUACUCGCCGCCGAAGACGAAACAUGGUGACCAUGUGUUGAAGUUUACGUCUGCGUCUGACGCCGAGGAAUUCCUCAAUAUCAUGCAUGACCUUUAUAGAUCCUAUACCAAGCGACGUUAA